GCGACCGAUCAUCUUCAUCGCCUCUUGUUUCGGCGGCCUUGUCCUGGCCGAGGUACGUCCCGAUGCAUGGACUGCAAACAGCAGUUAACAUCCCCAGGCUAUCAAUCGAGCGGCCCAGCAAGGCAGCACCUACCGACAUAUUCUGCUUUCCACUAUCGGGAUCGUGUUUCUCGCCACUCCGUUCCACGGCACCGAUGCUGCCAAGCAGGCUCGGUGGCAGGUGCUGGUUGCCGGUAUUAUGGGAGAGCAGGCCUCCGAUCAGCUCAUACAAGACCUCGAGCAGAAACACGACUUGGUUCGUCAGCGCAUCCAGAAAUUCACCGAGAUCGCGAAUGCCGAGGCGGUUCGACUGCCGCUGUAUUGCUUCUUCGAAACCAAGAAGACGGAGCUGUUGAGACGCAUUUUAUCGCCGCGUUGGGCGAAGACGCUGGCUACAGGAGUGACCCACAAGAUCCUUGUAACGGAGUCUUCGGCUUGUCUCCAUGGUUUCCAUCGCCAAGGGCUGGAUGCAACCCAUUCGGGCAUGAACAAAUUCGCUGGCCCAGAAUGCCCCAACUUUAAACUCGUCAAAGAUGUAGUUAGGCAAUUAGUUAGAAACGCAUCGGCCGUUCUGACACUCCGGAAGAACUCACCUGACGAGCGGCACUGGAUGGUCCCGUUCGGACGUAACAGGGAAUUCGUCGGCCGUGAAGCGAUUCUCCAGGACCUCCUCGGGAGGAUCCCUCCUAGUGUGGACAAGGAUAACUGCCAGCGGACUGCAAUCGAAGGGCUAGGAGGUGUUGGAAAGACGCAGAUCGCACUCGAGGCCGCUUUUCGUGUUGGUGACGCGCAUCCGGACUGCUCGGUUUUUUGGGUUCCCGCCGUGGAUGCCACCAGCUUUGAGAACGCAUACCGCGUCAUCGGCCAGCUGCUCAAGGUACCCGGGAUCAACGAGGAGAAGGCAGAUGUCAAGGCACUUGUCAAGACAGCCUUGAGUUGUGAAAGCACGGGCAGCUGGCUUUUGGUCAUCGACAACGCUGAUGACAUAAAGCUCUUUGGCGACAUGGACCUCGGCGACUAUCUUCCAUUCAGCCGGAAAGGGUCUAUUCUGUUCACAACGCGAAAUCACGAAGUUGCGGUAGAGCUAGUCGAGUCUGAGCGUCGCAUCAUUCCAGUUGAAGAAAUGAGCAGAGACGAAGCCCUUGAGCUGUUACAGAAAGGGUUGAAGGGGGAUCAGAUAGGCGAUGUGGCAAGCACUGACGCGCUGCUGGAAUUUCUUUGCAAUCUCCCCCUAGCAAUACGGCAGGCCUCUGCUUAUAUGGGCAAGAAGCAGAUUUCGACUGCACAAUACCUUGAGCUAUGCAACUCCAGUGACGAGGAUACGAUCGAGCUGUUAAGCCGGGACUUUGAAGACCGACAUCGAUAUAAGGACAUCCAAAACCCUGUCGCCACAACUUGGCUGAUUUCGUUCCAGCACAUCUCAGAGCACGACCCGCUGGCAGCAGACUACCUCAGGUUUAUGUGCUUCCUAGCUGGGAAGGAUAUUCCGCAAUCUGUGCUGCCGCCGUCCGGCAGGCUAAAGACUAUCGACGCACUUGGGACCCUAAAGGCAUACGCAUUCAUCUCCCAACACAAGGAGUCCGAUACUUACGACAUCCACCCGCUAGUUCAAAUAUCGAUGCUAUGUUGGUUAGCUCAAAGUGGAGAGCAGGGGGAAUGGGCCGCCAAAGUACUACAAAGGCUUGCAGACGUGUUUCCUGUUCCAAAACACGAAAACAGAGAAGAAUGGAUAGGGUAUCUUCCGCAUACACAACGCGCUCUUGAGUUGCGGAAGGGUACAGAAGACGGGGACGCACUGACUGGUCUUCUAUCUAGGGUAGGUGAGAGUUUUCACCAGUUAGGAAAAUAUGAAGAUGCGGAACGGAUGCAUCGGCAGGCAUUGAAGUUGAGUGAAAAUGUGUUGGGCAAGGAGCAUCCAGACACACUUACCAGCAUGAACAACCUUGCGCUUGUACUUGGGAGCCAGGGGAAGGAAAAGGUGUUAGGCAAGGAGCAUCCAGACACACUUGCCAGCAUGAACAACCUUGCGCUUGUACUUGACAGCCAGGGGAAGUACGAAGAGGCCGAGCGGAUACAUCGGCAGGCAUUGGGGUUGAAGGAAAAGGUGUUAGGCAAGGAGCAUCCAUCUACACUUACCAGCAUGAGCAACCUCGCGUGUGUACUUGACAGCCAGGAGAAGUACAAGGAGGCCGACCGGAUACACCGGCAGGCAUUGGGGUUGAAGGAAAAGGUGUUGGGCAAGGAGCAUCCAUCUACACUUACCAGCAUGAACCACCUCGCGAGUGUGCUCAGGAAGCAGGGGAAGUACGAGGAGGCCGACCGGAUACACCGCCAGGCAUUAGGGUUGAGUGAAAAGGUCUUGGGCAAGGUGCGUCGUGGUAUACUUGAGCAAGAAAUCCGUGUGGUGUGUUUGAGAGCAGGGCACAUUCGUUUGUUGUUUUACUCACUCUUUUUUAUUCUCUUAUAUUUUCUUCUCAUAGCGUGCCACAGGAAGGGUCUGGGAGGGCGAGUUACUAUAUAG